UCUAGGGUUUGCCUUUCAUCUUCUCUCUUCGUCGUUGCUCUUCGGCUUCGUUGCUUCGCAGGAGGUGAAGAGAUUGCAAGAGUCGCUUCUUCCGUUCUUCGGCUCAUACGUUGCUGUUCGACUUAGCUCCUUCGGCGACUUUCCCUUCCUGUCGGAUCGGAUGUUUCGACAUUUUGAUCGGAAGCAACAACGGGAGCUCGCUGGCUGUGAAGGGCAUCUAGCUCAGACCAGUAUAUAAAAGUGGCAUACGCAAACUCUCCGUAUAAAGCCGAUGACGGAAGAGCAAUGUUCUCUACUUCUUGAUUCAGCUUCUCUUUUCCCUCUACCACAUGGGGUGACAUUCUCAUAUGGUACGGCAGGAUUUAGGGCAGAUGGGUUGAAGCUGUCAUCCACAGUUUUUCGAGCUGGUGUGUUGGCAGCACUAAGAUCUCUGAAAACUGGCUAUGCUGUUGGUCUUAUGAUCACAGCCUCCCAUAACCCUAUUACAGACAAUGGCAUAAAGAUUGCCGACCCUGAUGGUGGCAUGAUGGCUCAGGAUUGGGAGCCCUUCGCUGAUGCUCUUGCUAAUGCCCCGGAUCCUCAAAGCUUUGUUAAGUUGGUUCUCCAUUUUGCCAAGGAAGAAAAUAUCUCAUUAAGCAGAGAAAGUUCUGCAGUAAUCUUGUUGGGAAGAGACACUAGACCUACUGGUGAAUCUCUCCUUGAAGCUGCCAAACAGGGAAUUAAAUGCAUAAUUGGUUCUGUUGCACUUGAUAUGGGGAUAGUAACCACUCCACAACUUCAUUGGAUGGUUAGGAGCAAGAACAUGGGAAUGAAAGCUUCUGAGUCUGAUUACUUCAUGCAGCUCUCAGAAUCUUUUAGGUGCCUGAUGGAUAUGAUCCCCAAAGAAAUGACAGUGAAAGGGAUUGUAACUCAGCUUAUGGUAGAUGGAGCCAAUGGUGUUGGUGGAGACAAGCUCGAACAACUUAAAACAUUGUUGACGGGCCUUCAGAUCCAGGUGAAAAACACUAGUAAACAGGGCGAAGGUAUACUGAAUGAGGGAGUUGGUGCUGAUUAUGUUCAAAAAGAGAAAGUUCCUCCCCGUUGCUUUGGUCCUAAUGAUAUUGGAUUAAGAUGUGCAAGUUUGGAUGGAGAUGCUGAUAGGCUUGUGUAUUUUCGAAUCUCAAAGAUAAAUAGCAGUAGCAUUGAUCUUGUAGAUGGAGACAAGAUAUUAUCUCUGUUUGCAUUAUUUAUCAAGGCGCAGCUUCAUUGUCUAAACAAAAGUGAAAGUGAUGGCUUACGUAAUGUAUUGCCAGCAAGGGUUGGUGUAGUUCAGACAGCUUAUGCUAAUGGAGCAUCAACUGAUUACCUGAAACAACUUGGUCUGGAAGUUGUUCUUACUCCCACUGGCGUGAAAUAUCUACAUAAGAAGGCUGCAGAAUAUGAUAUAGGGAUCUAUUUUGAGGCAAAUGGUCAUGGGACUAUUUUAUUUUCAGAAUAUUUUUUAUCUAAUUUACAGAAAAUGGGCAAUGAUUUGGCUUCUUCAAAUGCAGGCUCAGAACCUCAUAAGGCUGCUUUAAGACUUUUGGCUGUUAGCAAGUUGAUUAAUCAGGCUGUAGGGGAUGCUCUUAGUGGGUUGCUUUUGGUGGAGGUUGUGCUCCAAUAUAUGGGGUGGUCUAUGCAAAACUGGAUUGAACUCUACGAUGAUCUUCCAAGUAGACAACUAAAGGUAAAGGUUGCAGACAGAACUGCUGUUAUCACAACAAACGCAGAAACCAAAGUUGUGCAGCCCUUUGGUUUACAGCAAGCAAUUGAUGCUGAAACUGCUAAGUACCAUCAAGGUCGGUGUUUUGUUCGACCAUCUGGUACAGAGGAUAUAAUACGUGUUUAUGCCGAGGCAUUUUCCCAGGAAGCAGCUGACUCUCUUGCUAGAUCUGUUUCACAGCAUGUAGAUCACUUUCUUGGAUUCAGAACCUCACAGAAAUCAGAUUGAAUGGAUGGACACAUUCGCAGUUUGGAAUGAACUUUUUGUUGGUAACUUAAAAGUCUUUGUUUGGGACAGCGUUUUCAUUGCUUUUUAAAACUGCUUUCUGGUACAAAGUGUUUUGAACUAAAAAUUUUUGUAUUAAGAAGUUGCUUUAAAAAACAGUAUAAAGGCCGUCCCAAACGAAGC